AUGGGAGUCCUGUUUUUCCUGAACAGCAAAUUCCCGCACGAGCCCAACUGCGGGCCCUUCGACUCGCAUCAGACGCCAGGAGCGAUGAUCUUCGACCUGCAGUUUGACUUCAAGUCCUACCUCGCAGAGGGCAUGGACUUCUUCGCAAGGAUCUGGCUGGUGGUGUUGCUGGUGCUGAUCUUCGGCGUGCUGAUGCUUGUCCUGCGGAUCGUCAUGGCACGCCGCACCAAUGACAAGGUGCUGGAGGCAAUGGCAGAGACCUCCCACCGCCAGGUGGAGGCGCUGCACAAGGAGAUGUUUCGUCUUGAGCAGAAGGCGGACAUCUGCAGGAAGAGAUUCUUGAACAUCUCGGAGAUGUUUCAGCGCAUGCGAGGCGCUUCGACCAUGGCAUGGCGCCUGGCGGCCACUUUUCUGGUGUCCGCCGUGAGCGCGGAUGACGUGGCAGUGAUUAAUCUUAUCCGCCACGGAGAGAAAUGCGAUGACAGCAGCAGUACUGGGCUGACCGACAUCGGCAAGGCUCGCGCUGCCUACCUGGCGCGCUGCAUGAGCCAAGUGAGCGCCAGCGAUGUGAUGCCGUUUGGCAAGGCCACGGCGGUGAUGGCCAGCGCAGUGCGAGACGGUAAAUCCACGCGGCCCCGGGACACCGCGCAGCCGCUGGCGGACCGGCUGCAAUUGCCGCUGCAGAUGCCCUGCGACAAGGAGGAUCCUGACUGCUUCGCGCAGCACGCGAGAGGCUUGCUCUCGGCCAACGGCGCAGUGGUGGUCUCCUGGCAGCACCAGGACAUCCCGGCGCUGGUCAAGGCGCUGAAGGUGCCGCAUUACAAGGACUUCAAGAAGUGGCCCGAUGACUGCGAUAUCGAGUCCUUCUCGGAACCCGCCUGCAUCGACAAAGAUGACAGGUGCUACGACCAGGUCUGGCAGGUUAAAUUCUACAGACCCGUUGGCUCCGAGUGGCAAGCAGAGGCUAUGACCUCCUGGCAAGAAGGAUUCGCCAACGACACGGGCUGCCACGAGAAUCUGCAGCCCCGGAUCAUCAUUUGA